AUGCGGCACGACGUCGAAACCCGACCGGGCAAACCACCGCCACCCCCGUCAUGGGCCUCGAUACCGAACAAGUUCCAACUCUUCAUAAUAUGCUCCGUGCGAGUGGUCGAUUUCUUCCAGCAGGCCGCCCUGCAGGCCUACAUGUUUUACCAACUCAAGUCCUUCUCCCCUUCAGCGCCGGACAGCCAAAUAUCCUUCGAGGCCGGUGUGUUGCAGGGCGUCUUCACGGCCGCCCAGGUGUUCACAGGCAUAUUGUGGGGGCGGGUGGCUGAUUCCCCGUCAUUUGGGAGAAAGACCGUCCUUCUAAUCGGGCUGACGGGACAAGCAUUGAGCUGUAUAGGCGUGGCGUUUUCAAGAAGUUUCCCUGCAGCCGUGGUUUGGAGAUGUCUGGGUGGUGCCGUUAACGCAACCGUGGGAGGAGCAAGGACGGCAUUGGCAGAGAGUACCGAGAAGAAAUACCACUCCCGAACAUUCCUGCUGCUGCCUCUGGCGUGGAAUAUCGCCAACAUCUUUGGCCCGCUGUUUGGUGGGAUGCUCUCCGAUCCCGUGCACAACUAUCCAGGUCUGUUUGGAGAGAACUCGACCUUUGGCGGAGCUCAUGGGGUCUCAUGGCUGACGACGUUUCCCUACGCCGCCCCCAACCUGUUUUGCGCGCUCGUGCUCUUUACAGAUGCACUGCUCGUGUGGAUGGGUCUGCGAGAAACACUGGGCUCCCGGAAAUACACCCGUGACCGCGGCAUCGAGAUCGCCGAGAACAUCACCUACCGCGUCCGUACCAUGGUCUUCCAGCGGUUCGGGUACAGCCAGCUUGGCCAAGUGGAUGUCGCCCCUGGUCCAGAUACGGUGGACGAUGAGAACAUGCCCUCGAGCACGCCGCUGGAACCACUGCCACCCAAGGAAGGCGAGGGCGCCAAUCCCUCUGCAACCUCGUCAAAGACACCUCCGAGGCCAUCUGAAGCUCCCAAAUCAGCCCCUCCAUUCUAUCAUGCCAUCACUUCCAAUGUCCUCCUCGUCCUGGCAACUGUUGCCAUUAUGGACUUCCAGAUGGGUGGCUUCGCUUCACUCUGGACGAUUUUCCUUUCCUCGGCCCGAGCCACCGACGAGGAGAAGAACACUGUUCAUCUCCCCUUUGUCUUCACGGGUGGACUGCAAUUUAGUCUGCCUACCAUUGGUCUGGCAAUGUCGAUUCUGGGGUUCGUCGGAAUCAUCCUACAAUUGACAUUAUAUCCGAGCAUCAAUGCGCGAUUCGGCCUUCUCCGCUCCACCCGCUGGUCUCUGUUCGUGUUCCCUGUGGCCUACGCCCUAGCGCCAUACCUGUCGCUCCUCAUCUCUCACCCGUUCGUGCUCUGGAUGGGCAUCGUCGUUGUCGUGGUGCUCCAGGUCGCCGCGCGAACGUUUGCGAUCCCGGGCUCUGUCCUGCUCAUCAACAACUCCAGCCCCAGUCCCGCCAUGCUGGGCACCAUCCACGGCAUGGGUGCCGCGACAUCCAGCGCGUUCCGGACGAUUGGACCCAUCGUCGCGGGUCAUUGGUAUGGCCAAGGCCUGGAGAAGGGUGUGGUCGGCUGGGCGUGGUGGUGGUUGGCGCUGGUGAGUCUUUUCGGUGUCGUGCCCAGUUUCUGGGCCAAGGAUGGGAAGUAG